ACCAGCCCCUGCCAGACAUACUAUUAAGGCACAUCCCCACUGUUCACCGAACCCCAGAGAUGUCGUUCCGGGAUCACCGCAACAUCAAUAUGGAGUCUAAAUUGAAGGAAGUGAACCACCUAGACAACAUGAGCAAGGGAAUGAACAAAGCGCGGGAAUAUCUCAUAUUAUUCCUUACCUACAUACUCUACAAAAUUACGCGCUCUAUUGUCGUCACCUUCCAAAAGUUCACGUGGGCAGUGACCGGUGUCGAGAGGACCCGAAAGGACGCACAUCGUGGAUUACAAUUCAAGCUGAGUGCGCAUGUCCAGCAUGUUGUAUGGCGACGGAAGUUGUUUGGUAUGACAAUGGCUGACCCGUCCGAUUUCAUAACAACUCAUAAAUGUUUUAAGCAUCCUAAUUACGUGCUCAAACCUCAUAUAUCACUUUAUUGUAUCACCAAGAAAGAAGCUAUAUUUGUCGAGGUGAAAGAAGGAACAGAUAUAUAUAGUUCAUCAGAAAACACAUCAUCAUUAUUUCAAGAACAGUUUAAGCAUGCGCAAUGUCUCAUCUCCAUCCCAUUAGCAUCUUUCCAUAAAGUUGCAUCUGACCUCGGCGCCCCAAGGGUACCAAUCAUUUGGAUUUCUAGCACCGGGCGUUGUGGCUCGACUUUACUGACACGUGUUUUUGCGCAACUUCCGGGUAUGAUGGUGUUGUCGGAACCAGAUGUUCUCACUAGUCUAGCUUACUUAAAGAAAACUAAACGAAUCAAUAAAGGUGAAUAUGAACAGUUACUGCCAAGUUCAAUUCGCUUACUGUGUAAACCGGACGACAGGGCAGGAAUGAUUUGUGUCAAAACGAGGCCGAGCUGUACAGGACAGAUGGAUGACGUGUACAAGAAUUUCCCACAGAUAUAUCAAAUCUAUGUAUACCGCAAUAGCCUUAAAACUGUGACGUCAUCGCUGAGUCUCUUCUCAGAAGAGCCGUUUGCCAUGAUGGCACGUUACAUAAUAGACAACAAAAUUUUAUCCACGGUCAUGCCAUGUUUCAGAAGUUUCUUUUAUUUCAACUUCUGUUUUGUGCUAGAUCGUGACCCUCCUGCUAUGCCUCCAAAGAGCUUGAGUAGCGUGGGAAUAUUCACGACAUCAUGGGCUGCCAGUAUCUCGCGUUGCGUUGAGGCUAUCGAGGCGCGAGUGCCAGUCAUCGCUCUACUCUAUGAAGAUAUGAUGAAGAAUCCUCGUAAAACCUGUUCGAUUCUGUUCGAUUUUCUCGAUAUUCGAAGAGAGUAUAUAGCAUCUGCAACAGAGGGAUUCAAGGUGGAUUCAAACAGGGGUUCGCUUAGUCAAAGCUUGGUAAUAAGUGAUUCACGAAGGACAAUUCCCCAGGGGUUCCGAGUGGAAGCUGACUCCAUCCUUCGGAAGCACAAUCUACCACGUCUCGGCGAGAGAUACGAAUUACCAGGUCUGAUUGAUUUUGAAGCAUCGAAACUCCCUAGGAUGAACUCUAGUAACAAAUUCUUCUGAUGCAUUAA